ACCAAUGGCCAUAUUAUUUAUUCAAAAAAGGUCAAAGAUUACAAUAAUCUCCACACUGAUAACGCACUAUUACAUGUGUAUUUUUCUUCCAUUGGUAUACGUUUAGGUGAACAGUGACAGUGAACAUGUUUUCUAAAUCAAGGAUAUUGUAUAACCAAUCGUUCGUAAAAUUUCUCCACACAGACACUGGCAAUGUUAUUAAAACCAAAAUCGACUUUAAAUCUCAACAGUUCAUUAACAAUGAGGUCCACAUGAAAAACCUAGUUUCGACUCUUCGCCACAGAACUGACGAAAUUCUGAAAGGCGGGGGUGACAAAGCAAUACAAAGACACACAUCAAAAGGAAAACUUUUAGUUCGCGACAGAAUUAACUUGCUUCUGGACAAAAGUACCGCAUUUUUGGAAUUGUCAGCUUUAGCAGCUUAUGACAUGUAUGGAGGUGGUAUAAACGCAGCUGGAGUUAUAACAGGAAUUGGUAAAAUACAUGGGCGCGAAUGUAUGGUGAUAGCAAAUGAUGCUACUGUUAAAGGCGGGACUUAUUAUCCCAUGACUGUUAAAAAACAUCUGCGAGCUCAAGAAAUAGCUCAAGAGAAUAAACUGCCGUGUAUUUAUCUUGUGGACAGUGGCGGCGCAAACUUGCCACAUCAAGCAGAUGUCUUCCCUGAUAAACUCCAUUUCGGGCGUGAAUUUUACAACCAAGCUAACAUGUCCGCCGCAGGAAUUGCCCAAAUUGCAGUCGUCUUAGGUUCUUGUACUGCAGGGGGCGCCUACGUUCCUGCAAUGGCAGACGAAUCCAUAAUAGUCAAGCACCAAGGCACCAUAUUUUUAGGUGGCCCACCGUUGGUGAAAAUGGCCACUGGAGAAGAAAUAUCAGAGGAGGAAUUAGGGGGUGCUGAACUACACUGUUCCAGUUCGGGUGUCACUGAUCACUUUGCUCUCAACGAUGAGCAUGCGCUCUACAUCACUCGACAAAUCGUGAAGAAUCUCAAUCGCAGACACGUUGAGAACUUUGAUACUGAAUUCGAGCCGCCACUAUACAGUGGUGAAGACUUGUACGGGAUUAUAGACCCGGAUUUACAGAAACCUUUUGAAAUUAGAGAAGUCAUAGCUAGGAUUUUUGACGGGUCUAGAUUAGACGAAUUUAAAAAGAAAUAUGGAGACACUCUAGUUUGUGGUUUUGCGAAAUUGUAUGGGAAAAAAGUGGGGAUUGUGGGGAACAAUGGAGUCUUGUUUUCGGAGAGUGCGAUGAAAGGGGCGCAUUUUGUGCAACUGUGCACCCAGAGAAAUAUCCCGAUUAUAUUUUUACAAAAUAUUACAGGUUUCAUGGUGGGAAAGGAUGCGGAAAUGGGAGGUAUUGCUAAACAUGGGGCGAAGCUAGUCACUGCUGUUGCUUGUGCUAAAGUUCCAAAGUUUACGUUGAUAAUUGGGGGCUCUUAUGGGGCUGGCAACUAUGGGAUGUGUGGACGAUCAUAUUCACCCCGAUUCCUCUAUAUGUGGCCCAACGCUCGUAUUUCUGUGAUGGGUGGACGCCAAGCCGCAGGUGUUCUUUCUCAGGUGAUCAGUAAAGGAAAGCAAUGGACGCAGAAACAAAUAGACGACUUUGAAGCACCAAUCAUAGAACAAUUUGAAAGAGAAGGAUCGCCGUAUUUUGCUAGCGCACGAAUGUGGGACGACGGCGUGAUUGACCCCAAAGACACCAGGAAAGUUCUAGGUUUAAGCCUGGCGGCUGCAUUAAACGCCGAACCAGAAAAAACAGAAUAUGGAGUUUUUCGAAUGUAGUAUUUAAUAAACUUACAUAUUAACAGUA